AUGCGCAUUUACGCUUUAUCGCUCCGGCCCCUCUCCCCGCGCGUGGCCGGGAAGGCCUCGGGGCUGACGCGGUGUCUCGGUGCCUCGCCCUGGGCUCCUCGAGCGUGUCCCCCCCAGCUGGUGCCGCGGUCUCUGGUCCCGGCGCCGGGCGCUGCCGGUAGAGUCCUGUACGGCGGAAAUGAUCAGCGCAUGCGGAAUAGCGCUCCCGGUACUGCAGCAGAGGAGCUACGCAUGCGCAGAUGUGGCGUGCCCGGCAAAAAGAUGGCGGCGCCCGGCAGAAAAAUGGCGCCACAGACUUCAGAAGAGCAGGACGUGAUUGGCUGCCUGCGUUACACUUUCCGCUUUUUCUCUCCUGCCCCUCUCCCCGCGCGUGGGCGGGAAUGCCUCGGGGCUGACGCGGUGCCUUGGUGCCCCGUUCACCCCUCUCCGUCCCGUGUCUGCCUGCGCAUGCGUGUCCCUGCCCUCUGGCUGCUCGCCCCGGGCUCCUCGGGCGUGUCCCCGCCCCGCCGGUGCCGGCUCCGCUCGGAGGGCGGGCAGCGCGCGCUGGCAGCCCCGGCGGCUGCACCGCCGCGCGGUCCCUGGUCCUGGCGCCCGGGCGGGACAAUGACCCGGGCGCUGCCGCUCGGUGCUUUUGUGAGGUGCCAAGGGGAUGCUUUGGUUCUAGCAGACAGUGACAAAGCAACGAGCGAGGUGCCAGCGUGCAGCCUGCGCUCCGCUCUCCGGCUCGCAGGAACCCCGGGCGCUCCGGGCCGGGGCCGCCCCCGUCGCUGUCCCCGCCUGCCCCGUCGCUGCCGCCGCCCCCGCCGCUUCGAGCCGCCCGCGGCGGCAGGUCCCGUUCCGCUGGGGGGCAGCCGGGCCGGGGCAGCCCCGGGGCAGCGGGGGCAGGGGAGCGGGGCAGGGGGCGGACACCGCCGGGCACGGGCGCCGGGCACCUCCCCGCCCGGCCAGAGCCCCCCUGAGCCUCCCCCGGCCCCGCUCGCCCCGGGCAGCCCCAGCCCCUCCCCUGCAGCCGCUCCCCGAGCCCCCUCCUGCCCCGCCCGCUGCCCGCGGAGCGUGUCCAGAAGCCCCGCGCGAGGAGGGCCCGGCCGGGGCAGCUGCGGGAGCGGCGGGCACCGCUGCUGCUUUCCCUCUCCGGGGCCGCGCUUGCCCCUUCCUGCCCCGGGGAUGCCCGUUUGCAUCUUGCCCGGCUCUGACACAGCGAGACCAGUAAUUCUGAGAUCCCUUUCAUCAGUCUCUUCACCGAGUAGUCCUCGAGAGAUCUUUCCACGGGCGGUUUCUCGUGGGCAGGUCCUCACUGCUGUCUUUUCCGUCCCCGCCCCGGGGCGUGUCCCCAGAGGCAGGUGACAGGACCAGCUGCUGCUCCCCCAGCCCUUAAUUCCAGCUGGUGUUCCAGCUGCCCCUAUUCCCAGGGGAUUGUGGGGAGGGCCCUGGGCGGGGCCCGGGAUAUAUGAGCCCCCGCCUGUGGCCGGGGAGCUCAGUCUGCUCUGGGGCUG